AUGAAAGGGCAAUAUGAGCAUGCUCUGCAGCUUCGUGGACGUCCAGGGCGACCUCUACUACUGUCCGCUCGCCGAGUUUAGCUCGGCGUAUGCGACGCCACGCCUCGAAGGCGCGCUCGUCGUCGCUGACCCCAUCUCGGGCGAGACGCCACUGCGCAACGCCAAGGCCGUCGCCGGCAAGAUCGUGCUCAUGCAGCGAGGCACGUGUGACUUUGUGACCAAGACGAUACACGCUCAAAAGGCUGGCGCCAUCGGUCUCAUCGUCGCCAACACCGACGAGGAGAAUCCGCAGCUGGCCUUUGUCAUGGACGCCGGUCUGCAGCGUGCGGCCCUUCGGUCGCGGAUUCCAGCGGUCAUGGCGCCCUUCGAGACGGCGCAGUACCUCUUGGAUCUGCUCGGCGAUUCGGACGCCAUGUGCAUGCACAUUGCCAUCGUGCUAUUGAACGCCGCUGAGGCCUCGACUGUCCUCGACGCGCAGGCGUCCGAGAAGCGGCGGCAACUCGCCGAGGCCGAAGCGCUCCUCAAGCAGCAAGACCGCGAGCGCCAGCAGCGAGAGGCCACGCUCUUGUUACGCAGUCGACUCGCCAAAGAAGCGAGCAUGACCAAGUUUGUGUCGCCCGAGCCAUCGACGACACCCGCCUUGUUCUGCGAGGCGGUGCCACUGCCGUCGGCGGUCGCGGUGGCAGUCGGGACGCCGCACCUCGACACGAAAUGCAUCUCGCCACGCGCAGCUCCGCGCUUUGACACCAAGCCAGACGGGAUGACGUCCCUCGCGACGGGGCUUCUCGUCCUCGACAUGCAGUACUACUGCGCGAUGCCGCACGUGGGCAAGUUUGCCAACCAAGAGAGUUUGAACGCCUACUACUUUGACCGGCUGCGCAAGGUCGUCGUGCCUAACGUCCAGCGGCUCCUCGAGGCCUUUCGCGCCCGCAACUACGACAUCAUCUACGGCACGAUCGAGAGCGCGACCAAAACGGGCCGCGAUCGGAGCAAAGCACACAAGAUCGCGGGCAUUCACGUGCCCCGGGGCAGCUUCGAGGCCAAGGUGCUCGACGAUGUCUCGCCCCUCGAAGCCGACGUGGUCGUGCCCCGCACGGCCCAUUUUGGCACCACGAACGUCGACUACCUCUUGCGGAACCUCGGCGUCCAGUGCGUCGUUGUCACGGGCGUCUCGACGCUCGGCAGCCUCGAAGCUGCGGUGCGCGGUGCGAUGGACCGCGGGUACGCCACCAUCGUCCUCGAAGAUGCGAUCGCCUUUGAAACCAGCGACGAACACGACGCCGUUAUGCGCGCGAUGGAUCGCAUUGGCGCCGGCUACAUGGCGUCGACGUCCGAGUUUGUGCAAAGCUUGUAA